CGCACCCCGCCGGAGGAUGGAGACCAGGACGCGCCCCGCCGCCGCUCGGGUCCAGCUGGUGCUCUGCCUGGGUCUCCUACAAGCCGUUCUCAGCACAACGGUGAUUCCAUCAUGUAUCCCAGGAGAAUCUAACGAUAACUGCACAGCUUUGGUCCAGAUGGAGGACAACCCUCGCGUGGCUCAAGUGUCCAUCACGAAGUGCAGCUCUGACAUGAAUGGCUACUGUUUGCAUGGACAGUGCAUCUACCUGGUGGACAUGAAUGAAAAUUACUGCAGAUGUGAAGUGGGUUACACUGGAGUCCGCUGUGAACACUUCUUCCUAACUGUCCAUCAGCCCUUGAGCAAAGAAUAUGUUGCCUUGACGGUGAUUCUUAUUCUUUUGUUUCUUGUCAUCAUUGCUGGUUCCACAUACUACUUCUGCAGAUGGUACAAAAAUAAAAAAAGUAAAGAAUUAAAGAAGGAAUAUGAGAGAGUGACAUCAGGGGACCCAGCAUUGCCGCCAGUCUGAAGAGGACCAUCAACUUC